GUCAGCUGAUUGUCGCACAUAAACAAAGCAAUACAAAUAUUUUUCGGUCAAAAUUCGUGUGUUUCAUCAGUGGUCAAAAUGAAGAGGUCUGCGCCUAAUCCGAAGGAUGCAGUCCCCGGUAGCGCCCCUACAAAUACCGCGGAGGCAAAAAAGCGCACAGAACAGGAUGAUAUCGCUCUGGACAGCGGCAACAAUUCCGGCAAUUCGGAAGCCGGUGGCAAGCAAGAAGAAGAGCCUAAGCAAUUGCCGGUUGUUUUGGUUGAGGAGAAGCAGGAGCAGGAGACCGCGACGACAUGCGUCGGAGGGGACCAUAAAGUGUGUCUGAAUCAAAGCACCUGUGGAUGCCCUCAACUCGAGGCGGAAGCGGUGCUGGACAACCGCCAGCUGCUGGCAUUCCAAGUGCGUUCGCGGGACAUCGACUGGCGCCGCUAUGUCCAGCCACUGGACACGCGCAUCCGCUCUGGCGGCGUGUACCUGGAUAAGCAGACAGACUUUGUCAGCAAUCAUCGGCGUGCCGUCGAUGGGGGCAACAGGCGCGAGCUGCUCGUCUGCCACGACAUGAUGGGCAACUACCUGGAGGAUCGGCACUUUCACAGCUCGGAGAAGUACGACGACUAUCGCUUUCUGCACUGGUCAGCAGUGGACUAUUUCUGCUACUUCAGCCAUAAAUAUGUGACCAUUCCGCCCAGCGGCUGGCUGAAUGCCGCCCAUCGCCAUGGCGUACCCGUGCUGGGUACCUACAUUGUGGAGUCAGCGGGCCCCCUCCUCGAUGUCCUGGCCAGCGAGGAGAGUGUGGACCAGGCUGUGGCCGCCCUCACACGGCUCUGUCUGCACUUUGGCUUUGAGGGCUGGCUGGUGAACGUCGAAGUGACUGUGCCGCGGGAGAGCAUGCCCAAUCUGCAUCGCUUUGUCCGCGAGCUGCGCUCUGCCACUGAGUCGCGGGUGCCGCAUGGACGCGUCUUUUGGUACGACAGCGUCAUCGAGAGCGGGGAGCUGCGCUGGCAGAACGAGCUGAACGCGCGGAACGUGGACUUUUUCCGGAUCAGCGACGCCAUGCUGAUCAACUACGCCUGGGAUGAUGGCCACCUGGAGCGCAGUGCCAGUGUGGCCAGGCAGGAGGGCUCGCCGCAGCAUCGGGUCUUCAUGGGGCUGGAUGUUUUCGGGCGGAGUCGGAAGGGCGGCUUCCAGAGUCUGGACACGAUGACGCGGAUUGCCCAGAGGGGCUUCUCGGCGGGCAUCUUUGCGCCGGCCUGGUCCUUUGAGACGCUGCGUAACUGGCGCGGCUACGACAUUAGCACGGCGACUGGCGACGAGGAGGUGAACGCCGCCUUUUUGGCCAGAAACGAGUCGUGGUGGGCUCGCCUGUGGCCCCUGCUGGCCACCCAUCCGUACCAGGCGCUGCCAUUCUACACGGACUUCUGCGUGGGCUCGGGCCGGGCCAGCUUUGUGCGCGGAUCGCGUGAUGCCUCGCCGACGGGACGAUCCUUCUUCAACUUGGCCCGCCAGUCGCUGCAGCCGUCGGUGCCGCUGGACAAGAAUGCCCGGCACUGUUUCCACACUGCCUUCGCGGGCGGCAGUUCGCUGCAGGUGGUCAACUACGAGCGCGCCUUCCGGCUCUUCGUCACCGACUUCGUCCUGCCACGCGGUGUGCUGCUGCUGGGCUAUGCCUAUCGCAUGGACGAUGUCGACAGGGAACAGGCCAUCGAUGUGGUCGUGAGGCUCUCCCCGUUCCAGCGCCAAGGCCAGGAUCUGCACGUCUUCUGCGGCUCCUACAGCGGCAACAUUGUGGCGCCGCAUCUCUGCUACAUAUCCCCAAUGGACGAUCCAUUGCCUGCCGGCCUGGCGCCCGUACAACUGCCACAGACUUCCGGUUUGCUGGGCGAUGGCUGGCGAGUGCGCUACUAUCUGGCGCGAUUCGAUGGACCCGUCGUAGUAGAGGACAUUGGCCUGAAGUGUCGCCGUUCGCUGGCGUCCACUGCGGAGGCCUAUCUGGGUGCCAUCUAUGUGCAGGGCCUGUUCCAGGAGGACUGGACAGCCACGCAGUCCAGCCAGAAGGCUACCAUCGAUGUUUAUGGCCGCCAGUUGUGGGAGAACCAAAGCUAAAGUAGAUAAACGUAUUUCCCUCCAUUGCUAUCCCUUUUUUCUUUCUUUCUUUUUGUGGUUAGCCUUCUGGGCGGGCCUUGUCUUACUUCUCCGAUUUCGAGACCCGUCGCUCCCUGUGUACGAGUAUCUUAAGCAAUGGACUUCAUGCUCUCAGGGCCACAUUAUUCAACUUCACUUGACAUAGCAGCCGCAGCAGCAGCAGCAACAGCGCUGCUCAAGCUGCUUCGGACGCCUUGGUUUCCUGGGAGCUCAUCACCAAAUACACUUCCUUUUCUUU